AUGACAGACAGCCUGACAGCCGUUCCACAAACAACGCUGGAAAUCUAUUGUAUGAUACUGUAUCUCGCUGUUCUCAUUGGUCUCGUCACGACAUCCCGACCGAAUCUGCGAAAGCCCUUCUUCCAUAUUUUUAUAAGCACAGGUUUCAUGGAUGUUCUAUCGAUUGUUUCGAACAUGUACUUACGGUUGAGCAUCCAAUAUCAUUUAGGCCCUGAGCAAGCAGAUGCAUUCAUGUGGGCAAAUUAUUUGAGCGACGUUGCCAUAUUAGGCCAUUUGAUUGGCAAUAUCCUAUUGCAGUUUAAUCGAUUCACAUCGGUUGUAACACCGGAAUUCCAUUUAAAGGUAUAG